CCGAAUCUCCACAUGUCCGCAACACCGUCCUUGCAAGGCUCGAAUCCAUGCGGCCUGCGACGUCGCAACUGUCAAGAACAGUAGCCACCGCUCCCCAGUGCUUCAGCACCUACAAUGUCGUCUUCAUUCCUCUCAGAUCGACCGCAGACUGCGCGCCGUUCGCUUUCUAGGGUGCCCGGAGGCUUCGAUCCAGAAGAGGAGGACGACUUGUCCGAAGCAGGGAGUGACAAUGCGGAUUCGCAUUUCGAUUCACGGCUUGUCGACUCCUUCUUGCGGGGUCCCAAAGACCCCAGCAGCCUCUUACAACCGGCUGAGGGGUAUACAUAUCCCGGGCUGCCAGCGAACCAUGCUCUCGACGAAAGCGAGAUGCACAAAAAGCUCUCCGACGUCGAGUCAAGCUUCCUACCCGAGGCAUCACAAUUGACCGGGAGAGAUUCUGCGACGAAUGGCGCGGACGAUACUCAUCAGUUUGGGAUUGUGAAUGAUAACAUCGCAGUGCGGAAAAAGCCACACCCUAUAAAAGUCCCCUAUCCGCACGAGGGCAGAGAGAAUGAUCCAAACACGAACACCGACACUGUACUUUCGCCGAGAACACCACCUGGCGGCUACAAGACACCGGCGCCAGAGCAGCAAGAGUUCUCCCACAUGGACGGAAGUGAUGGAUUGACGCCUGAAGCUCCUAACACCUCCGCACUCGAAAAUAUGUCUUCUUCCCCAACUGCCGCGGCUGCUGCACGGACCCUUUCGCGAGUACAGUCUCUUGCGACAAUGGGUGGUUAUGAGACGGCGAAUGAGCGAGAAGACGAACCUCGGGCUGGAAAGAGAUCGGUGCAGGAACCAGAAGAUAGCGAGGUAACGCCGCGAAAGAGCACGGGGCAGAACGAUUAUGACGAUCGCUUUUUGGAUGUCCCUGACACAGUGAAUGGACAGCUACAGGCAUCAGUCGGUGGCUCUAAGCCGUCGAAACGCCCACAAUAUCUCCAGAAGCGCUCGUCACAAGCGCGACUGUCGUACGACUCGAUGGCUAGUUCAAACACCGAGGCCAGCGACGCCACUCUGGGAGCUGACUUCGCCCUUCAGUCAGGUGGUGCACUGCCAGACUCCACAGCACAACGCAAAGCUAGGACCACCCUCUCCCGGCAGGCCAGCUUGGGAAGCAUGAUGUCCGGUGUAUCAGGUAUGAGUGAUGAUGAACAGCGGGCCAGAAGACAAGCGAGCGUGACAGAUUUGAGCACUUUGGAAGAAGAAAGCCCUAGGUCUAGCAAGGGUGGCGGCCUGUCCACGCCGCGUGCCUCGACCUUUCACUUCAACAUGCCGACAGAUACCGUGAUCGCGAACAAUGUCCGAGAUCUGGAGGUUCCCGGCACUUUUGCCCGCCAGUAUCGUCAAGACCGCAGCAUGUCACCCGAAAAGGCCAACGCCAUUUUUGGAACGACUCCUGGCCCUAAGAGGGGUUUGACGCUCAAAGAGCACAGGAGCACCGUCGAGAAACUCGGCAAAGAGAACUUCGACUUGAAGAUGAAAAUACACUUUUUGGACCAAGCUCUUCAGAAAAGGUCAGAAGACGGUAUCAAGGAGAUAGUCACCGAAAAUGUACAACUGAAAUCUGAUCGACUCCGGCUCGAGAAAGACAAUCACAAUCUGCGCAAACAGGUUCGCGAGUUGCAGAAGAAACUCGAGGAAAGCGGUAACCGCGAAUCUCCCGGUGCAGACCAGGGUUACGCGACGGAUGAGGAGAGAAGUCCUACUGCCGAAGAGGAAGUCAUCUAUCUCCGCGAGAGGGUGGAAAUCAAUGAAAUCGAGAUUGAGAAAUUAAGGUCCGACAAUUUUUCCAAGGAGACCGAGAAACGAAAGCUGGCAGAGAUGGUCAAAUCACUGGGCGAUACUCGAGGAGCUGCUUCUGAUGUUGGCUCGAGGGAAGAGAGAGACAUGUGGAAAGAUAUGCUCGAGGCCGAGACCAUUGCCCGGGAACAAUCCGAAGAGGACAACAAAAGACUACGGGAUGAGAUCACGAAGCUCAGAAAUGAUGCGUCUGUUUCUGCGAAAUCAAACUCACGUAAGACACGGAUGGGCCUUUCUCGAUCUAGUAGCGUCGAGGCUGCCAAUGCUCAGGCUGCGGAGGUCGAAAGACUGAGACACGAGGUAUCGGAGUUGCAGAAGAUGAUAGGUGCACAAGCGUCCACAUUAACUUCUCGAAACAAAGAAAAGGAACGCUUAUAUCAGGAGAUCGAGGACUUGAAGUUGGGACGAAUGAGCGGCCUCCGCAGCGUUGCUGGCGAUAGCAUACUGGACCGAUCAGCGUCACGAGCGAGGUCACAUUCCCGAGCAAGCAACGGCACACGUAUAUCUCGACUUAGUGACCGAGAGAGAGAGGGCCUGGAGACGAAAAUCAACGAAUUACGCGAUGAAGUGUCUCAGAUGAAACUGGAGAACCAAAAUCUCCAGAAUCAGUUUGAUGAGGCACUUGCCGAACUCGACGCUAUUGAUGCUCAAGCGCAGGCCGAUGCCGACCAAUUCAACGAGGAGCUGAAUCUGUUGACACAAGAACGGGACAAUGCUCUCCGGGAUGCCGAGGAGCAGGAUCAAGCGUUUCAGCAGCUCAAAAAUGAGGCUCAAGAAGAGAUCGAUGGCCUUGGCGACGAACUUGAUGCUAAAGUUGAUGAAUGUGCACGACUCGAGCAGGACCUAAAGGCACAAGCUGAAAAUAUCAAGGUGUUGCAGUCUGAAAUGCGGUCGGCCGCUGAAGGUCUUGUCCGUCUUGAGGAAGAUGCCCAGCAGAAUCUGGCACGUUAUCAAUCCGUCAAAGCAGAACUCGACGAUGCCAAUCGAGAGCUCGAGAACCUCGAAAAGUCUCUUGGCGAGGCCGAAAGCAAAGUACAGCGGCUCACUGUGCAACAAGAGAGUAGUCAUAAUGAGAUCGCUUUCCUUCGUGAAGAGCAAGACGGCGAUAAGAUGAAGAUUGGCGACUUGGAGUCAUUACUGAAGAAAGUACACCUCAACCUGGAAUCAGAAAGGGAGAAGAGCAGAGACUUGGAGCGCCGUAUCAACGAAGAGCGGUCCCAGAGAGAUGCUGUGGCGAGUCAUGAGAAGCAAGAGGUGCAAAGAGUCAUCAAUGACCUCAAUCGUGAAGCUUCUGGAGCCAAGGACGAGCUUCGGAAGGUUCGCAAGGCUUUGUCGGCGACUAAUAUCGAAGCAACCACGUACAAAGACCGGUUGUCAGAGAUUGAAGAGAGCUUGCGAAAUAUCAUUGGCGAUCCUAACGCCUCGCGGUCAAGCAUGAUUAGCGCAGUCACGAAAAUGCGGCGAGAUCUUGAUCAGACCACUGCUGAUUUGGAAUCAGUGCGGCAACGGCUGGAGGAGAGCGAAGGUCUACUUUCGGACCGUGAUGCGUUGCUCGAGUCCACCGGCCACGAAUGCAAAAGGUUGGCAGACGCGUAUGAGCGUGAGAAGGCAGGUCGACGACAGGAUAAGCUUGACUUUGAGCGGACCAACAAAGGUCACAACUCAACGACUCGCGCACUCUCGUCUGCAUCUGCAAGAAUUGCCGAACUUGAAGGGCAGCGCCAGAAUGACAGGAAACGGGCUGCGCAGGCUGAAAGCCAACUCAAAGAUCAACUUUCGGAACGGAAUCAGAUCUUGCUUAAUCUUUGGAAGAGAAUGUCAUCCAUGUGUGGUCCUGACUGGGCUCACAAUAACAGCCUGAUCAACGGCAAUCUACCGUCUCAAGAAGUCAUAGGAAACAUGCUCUUCUGGCCGGGGUUCAGCAGGAACUUGUUGCUCGCUGCCAAGCAGGUCGAAGGCACAUUGUCUACGUUCAGAGACAAGAUCAAGCGGGUUGAGAGGGAGCUUUACAAGGAGUAUCAGGCUCUUGAACAGACUCUAGAAGUACGGACCCGAAAGCUCGAACGCAUCGAGGAGAGCUGGGAGAAAUUGAGGUACAAAUUGUCGGAGAUGGAGACGCGGAAGCACAGCGACCAGAGACCUCGUACGCCCAUGUCGGGCAGGACGCCUGAGGUCAGUAAGCUUAAGGGCGAGAAUCGGUUGUUGAAAGCGGAGCUCGCACUCCUACAACAGCAGCAGGUCCAUCAUAACCUUCACCAGCGGCGAGACAGGAACGAGAGUCGAGCUUCGGGAUAUUCGAUGAUGACUCAAGACGGGCCCGGUCAAGCGCCUGAUGGCGCCACUGUUGGUGUUCCUGCCCGCUCUUCGAGCAUGAGACGCCAUCGAAAUAUGGAGCUCCAACGGCAUCAUUCUUCGGGGGCUGUUGAGACUUUGGGCGGUCUGAAUUCGCCGGACAUGGCGUCGCUAAGGUCGAAUUCGAUAUCAAGUCGAAACUCAGUGCUUCGGGAUGGUGAGCGUGGGCUGAUGGUCCCUUCGGGACCGUCCAAUGCGCCUACCAAUGGCAAUUUUGCCUUACCGCCGCCGCCUCGAGAAGCUCCUCCUGCGCCACCGAGUGUUGGUUCGGGCUCGGAUAUUGCCAGCAUUCACGCCGGCGCUGCUGGGCCGGGCCAGGAGAAGUGGAUUCACCGACUGCGCGAGUUGGAGAGACGUCUGAAGGCGGAGCGGGAGGCGAGACUUCUUGACCGCAGUGGCGCGAGGAAGAGACUCGAGGAACGCGAUGCUGUUAAUGAGGAGUUGAGAAGGGAGUUGGAGAGGGAGCGUGUGAGGAAGAGUCUUGAAGGUGAUGCGCUACUUAGUCCUUUUCUGGCGUUGGAGGAGCCGGAACAACGCGCUGAGCUGCCAGUCGACGUAGGGCCUGGGUAUGGGCAUGGCGUAAGUGCGAGGAAUAAGCGGUAGAUUCGUUUUCCAUUUCAGAAGUGGAAAAUGAAGAAAACUUGACUGGCACAUUUUUUCGGGUUUGGCAUUUUCAUGAGGACUUGGUUCUGGGCAGGUGGGUGGGACUUUUGUAUCAGUAUAACUUGGGCUGAUGGGCACUUGUAUUCCUAUAUGGGACUUUCCGUCCUCGCGAUCGGGGCAGCCUGGCAUUCGGGUUAUUGGAGACUGGAUGAGGUGAUGCACUGUCCCAGGCUUUUAAACCAUUUC